CACUCAGCGACAAAGAAUAUUCCAUUAGGCGCUUUCACUUGGACCAGCCUCUCAUGGAUUGGUGAAUUGGGGUUGAAUCAUUGCCUGAUGCAAUAAACCUGGAUCCAUCUUUGACGAAUUACCGGAGGCUGUUGCUGUGCUUUCACAUUCAAACAACGCAGUCUUGAGCAGUGCUGAAGCCCUGUUACAUGCUACAUGCGAACCACUGGUACUCCAUACUUGGCCCCUAUCUGGCGCCUCAAACAUUCCCCUCCAGUUUCACAAUCCACAAUCUCCAACAACUUGACUCAGUCUCAGAGGACACCCUACUAGCACCUUCAAUACCUACCCGUUCGUCUAGCCACCGCUUGCAUGCUCCUGCUUCGAUAAAGAUCCUCCUCAUCGUGGCACCGCAGCUUUUCUCCAACAACAGCCAAAAUACCAUUGCCAUCACCACCCCCCUUCCUAGGUAUACCCGUCAUUCCUCGCCUGCGUCCGCAGCCUGUCGCCUUCCAUCGCUUGCCAUCGUAACGCCUCUCCGGCGCCUGAUGGAUUGCACCUUCACAGCAUCAGUGGCCUGAAUUAGCCGCCCUUUUUACGUUGCCUUUGUCCCAACGAUAUCCUGACACAAUCCUUCUAUAGCUAUUGUGGUGCAUCUUUUUGUUGCACUUCUAAAUUGGCUGUCCAACUUCCAACCUCCUCCUCCCUUGCCACCUCCUUUACCAUGUCCGACCCUUUCAAGGCCCGCACCCUGAAGAGGAAGAAUGUCAAAGGCUUGGCCCUGAAUGCCCCAGCUCCCCGAGCUGCUCCUUCAGAUGGCGAUUCCCAAAUUCCUGGAGCCUUGGGGAACACCGAGAGUGAUCGUACGGAUACCUUGGAGAUCGGGUUGGAAUUCAAACUCGACCUGAGAAGUGAAGAUCUUGUGGUGCUCAAAGAACUGGGUGCAGGAAAUGGAGGAACAGUUAGUAAGGUCAUGCAUGCCUCCACGAAGGUGAUCAUGGCACGGAAGAUCAUCAGAGUAGAUGCCAAAGAGAAUGUCCGGAAACAGAUUGUGAGAGAACUGCAAGUGGGACAUGAUUGCUCGUCCCCGUACGUCAUUACGUUCUACGGAGCUUUCCAGAACGAGGCUCGUGACAUUGUGCUUUGUAUGGAAUACAUGGACUGCGGAUCUUUGGACCGGAUAUCGAGGGACUUCGGGCCCAUCCGCGUGGACGUUCUUGGAAAAAUCACGGAAUCCAUUCUGGGAGGUCUGGUCUAUCUCUACGAAGCCCACCGUAUCAUGCAUCGAGAUAUCAAACCAUCCAAUGUCCUGGUCAACUCGAGAGGUAGCAUCAAACUGUGUGACUUUGGUGUUGCCACCGAAACCGUCAACUCGGUUGCCAACACGUUUGUUGGGACAUCCACCUACAUGGCCCCCGAACGGAUUCAGGGCGGUGCAUAUUCGAUCAAGUCAGAUGUGUGGAGUGUUGGAUUGACUGUCAUGGAACUUGCCAUUGGAAGAUUUCCUUUUGAUUCCAACGAUUCUGCUGCUGGAGACCGAGCGAGUGCUGGUCCAAUGGGCAUCCUUGACCUUCUCCAACAAAUUGUACAUGAGCCGGCGCCGAAGCUGCCCAAGAGCGAAGCAUUCCCAAGCAUCUUGGAAGACUUUGUGGCCAAAUGCUUGUUAAAGAGCCCCGACGAACGACCAACGCCCCGAGAGCUAUACGACCAAGACAACUUCUUGCAGGCAGCGAAGCGAACACCGGUCGAUUUACAAGAAUGGGCUGUGUCAAUGAUGGAUCGUCAUAACCGGAAGUCAUACCUCGCACCCCCAGCGCCUAAGUCGCUCAAAAGUGACGGGACGACAUCGGAUUCCUCGUAUGCGACAUCUGCCACAUCGACACCCUCUUUCACGGGUGACGUUCGCGGCACGCCAGUAACAGCGAGGAAAUACACCAGUCCCACGUCGGGCAACAUUCCCGUGGCUGGGCCUCAGUUUGCCAUGACCACGACAUCUCAGUUCACGCCUACUGGGAUUGUUGAAAGAUCACCGCCACCUCCUCUCUCACUCCAGCACCUGUCUCUGGAGACUCGGGACUCUCCUAAUCCUCUUGGACCACGUUCAAAUCGACUCGGAUACGACAACAGGGACAACAUCCCCGAACCUGCGUCGGCAAUUGAGCCUUCGCAACGGCCAAUGUUUCCACCACGCACGAGUUCAAGUAACUCGAUAGCGAGCAACCGAAAUCCGUUGAUAAGUCCCGCACUUGCGAUUCGGCAGCCUCCUCCCACCGGGCCUCUACCGGCGCCUCCCCUGAAGGAGCUACCGGUGCCACCAGCUUUGAGAAGUGGUGGAGGCUUCGCAAGUCCCCAUCGACACCGGUGAUGUUGCGGAGAUUAAGUGUGGAAUAGGACUAUUGAGGAUGGUGAUUGCGGCUGACUAGAAGUGCUUGACUGAAAAUGACAGGGCUAGCAUACGCAUGGCGUUGUUGACGGCGUACCAAUAUGCACAUAUUCUGGCGUUUGAUUCAUGCAGGCAUUUUGGAGAUUGAGCGUACAGUAGAUGGACAAGAAGUAAAGUCACAAUUCUUUUGGCAGCGAUGAAAGUGUGAUCCAAGGCUCUCUUGAUACGAUCUAUUUUCCUUUGGAGUGUGAAGCCCUGGUCAGAACGCUUUUCGUUUCACGCCGAAGCGUUUAUAUCUACAUUUCCUUUUAUGGUGGAACUCGGAGCAGAAAGAAGAUAUACAGUAGCGGGUAUGGACGGGCUAUGGGAGGAGGGAGUGAGUGAGUGAGUGAGUGGACUGACUGCGAGUUAUCAGGUGUGAAUGGGACAAUCUCAAGGCAGCAACAAUAAAUGUCUCUGAGUACCUACAUGGGAAGGAACCAUUGUGGUUGUUGUAUUCAUGUCGUUGCAGGCAGGACCAUUCCAUCGCCAAGGCCAGCGAGACCCUUCCUUCUCUCUUUAGGCGUAACAAUUUACCCCCCAUCAGCCACACCAGCCACGAUUUGC